GAUGUUGACCAGUAUCGCCACAGUGGGCCGGAGGAUGAUUUGAGCCGUCAAGGGGUGUUCUGUGCUUGGAAUCGAUAACCGCAUUUGAGAUUGUGGGCUGCUUCUCCGGUGACACUGGGGGAUGUAAUGGUUUAAGACAUGUUGUCGAUGGGUGGAUGAGUGAGUAAGAAGCUUUCGGUAAAAUGUCGCGAUGUGUGUCGUCAUCGAGCCCCACCAGUGCUCUCGCUUUCCUAAUCUCGUGUAACAUCCGCAACGACAACAACUGCAACCUCAACAUCAGCCUCAAUCUCAACAACAGCCUCAACCGCAACAACAAAACCCGUUCAACCCCCACGCCCUGCUACAACUAGGCGUACCACCUCACUAUGGCCUCCAACAAAUCACAAAACAAGUCCAAAGUCCUCAAGACAGAGCCUCUGGACCAAAAAGACGCGAAAUGGGUAACACUGUCGAAAAUCACCUACUCCGACCCAGAAGGUGUUGAGCGCACAUGGGAGUCCGCCGAGCGCCUAACCCGGCCCAAGGGCUGUGAUAUCGACGCUGUAGGCAU